AUGUGUAGCGGAAAACAGUCAGUCGUCUCCUUUGCCUCUCAGUACAUUAGCAGUGUGAAAGCCGGCCUUUGUAGCAAUGCAUAUUUUGAUGACUAUGAAUCCUUAGCACCCAAAGCCUUGCCUUUCCCAAGUCAGGUCGUGUAUAACCGAGUUGGGAAGUGUGGAAGUCGUACGAUCGUCCUUCUGCUACGGAUACUGGCCGAGAGACACCAGUUCACUCUGAUCUCCUCAGAAAUCCACAACAAGACCAGACUGACUAAACAUGAACAGGUAAAUCUGAUGAAAAACAUUAGCUCCAUUCCUCAGCCGUUUCUGUACACUCGACAUGUCCAUUAUCUCAACUUCACCAGGUUCAGAAUAGAUCAGCCUGUAUACAUCAACAUAAUCAGGGAUCCAAUCAAUCGGUUCCUGUCCAAUUACUUCUUCCGGAGGUUUGGAGACUGGCGAGGAGAAGAGAACCACCUUGUUCGGACCCCAGGGAUGAAGGAUGAUGAGCGAUAUCUGGACAUUAACACUUGCAUCUUGGAAAACUACCCAGAGUGCUCCAACCCCCGCCUUUUCUACAUUAUCCCCUAUUUCUGUGGCCAGCACCCCCAGUGCAGAGAGCCGAGUUUGUGGGCAUUAGAGAGGGCCAAAGAGAAUGUUCUGGAGCAUUACCUCUUGGUAGGGGUGCUGGAAGAGCUGGAGGAUGUGCUGCUACUGCUGGAACGUCUCCUUCCUCACUUCUUCUCUGAUGUACUGAGCAUCUACAAAAGCCCAGAAUACAAGAAGCUGGGUAACAUGACGGGCACGGUACGCAAACACACACCUAGCCUGGAAGCCCUACAUGUAUUGUACCAGCGCAUGCAGUACGAGUAUGACUUCUACAACUUUAUCAAAGCCCAGUUUCACCUCACUAAAAGGAAGUUUGGUCUCAGGACAGGACCUCGGCCAUCCAGGCAACAUGUUAGGGUGUCAGAGAGUAACCCUAAAGUGGACGAACACGAUGAAGAGGACGCAGAGGAUUCUGACAAUUAGGACAACCCUAAAGACGGACGUGACCUAAAUUGCUUUCAAUGCCGUAUGCAAGGAGGGUAAAGACACAACAGAAACAGAGUGAAGAGAGAAAAGGUCCACUUUUAAACCUGUCUCAUUAAACCUGUUUCACUAUUUAUAGUGUGAUUUUUUUCUGAUAAGGUAGCGUGUCCUAACUGGCUGGUUAGUUUUGUUUGAUAUGCUAGUCUUGUACUGUAAGUCAUUCGAAAAGUUCUUGAGGUUUGUAGCAUGCCAGUGCAAAUAUGUAUCAGGACGAAAUGAAUGGGCAGGAUCAACUGAGACCAUUCAUGUCUCUGAGGAUGAUGAAAAAUCCAGUAUUCCAUAAAAUGACCGACAAAAAGUCAUCAAUGCCUUCCAGUUCUAUGUAGUAUCUUAUUUUAAGAAUGUUCCUACCUCUCUUUCAGGUUCUUGUUUGGUUGGCUUGUAGUGAUGACAUUUUACACCUGAGCCAGUUUCCUAGUAUUUUUCCUGUGUU